CCAUUGAAUAUUCGGUCUAUCCUUAUUCUUCAAAAAAUUAAGCAGAGGUGCUUCAUGAUGAUGGUACGAUACGAUAUUCGAAGUCAUCGUAGGAUUAAAAAGCAGCAGCAGCAUCCUGUCAUCGCUGGCUAAUAAAAUAUUCAAUGUCCGAACUAAGCCUGGCAAUCAGCUUCCAGAUGAAGCAUCACGUCAGCCUCCCCCCAGCAUUGCAAACUCCCUGCCCCUGCUGGGACUGACUUUUUUUCUUCCUCUAUCCUUCAUCAACCAUCUGUAAGAAUGUCUGACAUUAAGACUCGUGUUGUUGGUGCGGCCAACACUCUGGAUUACCGCAUCUUCUUCGAAAAGAACGGUGUUCCCAUUUCACCUUUCCACGAUAUUCCUCUUUUCGCCAAUGCUGAGAAGACCAUCUUCAACAUGGUUGUUGAGAUCCCUCGUUGGACCAACGCUAAGCUUGAGAUCUCCAAGGAAGAUGUUCUGAACCCAGUUAAGCAAGAUAUCAAGAAGGGCAAGCUCCGUUAUGUUCGCAACUGCUUCCCCCACAAGGGUUACAUCUGGAACUAUGGUGCUCUUCCCCAAACUUGGGAAGAUCCCAACCAGGUCAACCCUGAAACCAAGGCUCGCGGUGAUAACGAUCCCAUUGAUGUCUGCGAAAUUGGUGAGCAAGUUGCUUACCCUGGCCAGAUCAAGCAAGUCAAGGUUCUCGGUAUCAUGGCUUUGCUCGAUGAAGGCGAGACUGACUGGAAGAUCAUUGUCAUUGAUGUCAAUGACCCGCUCGCUCCCAAGCUCAACGACAUUGAGGAUGUUGAGAAGCACUUGCCUGGUUUAGUUCGCGCCACUAAUGAAUGGUUCCGCAUCUACAAGAUUCCUGAUGGCAAGCCUGAAAACGUUUUCGCCUUCAGCGGCGAAGCCAAGAACAAGAAAUAUGCCACUGAUAUUAUCCAUGAGACUCACGAGGCUUGGAAGGGUUUGAUCAACGGCACCAGCGACAAGAACUCGAUUAGCGCUGUCAAUGUGACUGUCGAAGGCUCUGCUUUCAAGGUCUCGCCUGAUGAUGCCGUCAUCAAGAAUCUCCCUGCUGCAUCCAACCUCGCUCCUGCUCCCAUUGAUUCUUCCAUCGACAAGUGGUUCUUCAUUAGCGGCCAAACUGUUUAAUAGACGGGAUGUUUAAUGUACAUGAAUGAUUUUUUUCUUCACACAAUAAAAAAAAAGCACAGUGGAGAAAACCUGAAAAAGAAAAUGUUCCAAAAAUACUAAGUGCGGUUAAAGCGGCAUGGACUUUUUUUUUUUUUUUACUCC